UGUGACCAUUCGUCCGCACUUAAAACCCGUGCGGUCAUCUUUCUGACCAUCGACUCUCGCUAUAGCCUAAAGUAGACACGUGUAUUAUGUCCGAAGAAGAAAUUUCUGCCGUGGAGCCAAUGGACGAAAGUCAACUUUUAAAAGACGACGAAAGUGAUCUUACUACAGCUGAUGCAGUUUCCUUAUUUAAUAGUUCUUUAAAUAAGGCCCUUCAGAGACAGAAAAGUGAGAUUUUGUCGGAGUUCAAAAAGACCCAAGUAAGCUCUGUCAAUACAAACACACACACGUUAGUCAGUGGUCAAUCCUCUACAAUUGCUUCCCAGUCUCCGUCAUUUGAAUUCAGACAGGAAGGGAUUAAAAUGCAGUUUAAUUUUAACACCGACCGUAUUUCUUCAUUAAGAAGAAUUGAACAUUUGCUAACUUCCGAGUCACUUGACCAAACUCUUGACCUACAGUCCAUUGUUAAAACUGAGCUUGACACUUUGAACCAGCGAAACAAAAUUCUGAAAAUCGCUGAUCGCCAUGGGUGGGAUACCGUUCACGAAUAUCUGGACGAUCCUCUUGCUGACAAUGUUGAAGAUGCUUCAAAGUUACGCACUGCCGUUUUCAGAGCUAACCGUAAACGUACAGCUAACAAGCCUUACAGCAGAGGUGGUGGCAGAGGAGGUUUCAAUGCUAGAGAAUUUUUUCGUGGCUUCAGCAAAGAAUCUGGACCCAGAAAUGACAACUACAGUCAACAAAACAACUCCCAGCAGCAGUACAACGACGGACUGUGCUUUUACUGCAAAAGACCAGGACACACUGCCCGUUUCUGUCCCUUCAAAGCACGUGCCUUCAGUAGUACCAAGUCAGCACCAGCCACUAUUACAAGUGCUCCAUCCCUGUCUUAAUGAAAAAGACAGUGCAACAUGGAGGAAAAUUUCUCAGUUUGCGAAUUCAAAUCAAGAGUUUACCGGAUGUGAAAAAAGCAUUUUCAAUAUUGUGAGAAGCAGUAAAGCAGUUUCUACAAAUAAAAAGUAUGAUGUGUAUUUCAAAAAAUUUAAAGAAUGGUGUAUUUCAUAUAAAGUUAUUCCGUUACCUGCAAGUGUAUCAUCCGUUGCAGUUUAUAUUAGUGGCCUUGUGCAGCGAUCCGUAUCUGAGUCUGUUUUAUUAGCUCAUUUUUAUAGCAUAAAGUGGUAUCAUGAUUUCAGUUUAGUGUGCAAUCCGUGUGAAGACAAGCUUAUUCAGAUGAUGAUUGAAGGAGCUAAGAGAAUUCUAAGUAAACCAGUUUUGAAAAAAGAGCCAAUUACAGCAGAUCAUUUACAGAAGAUAGUGGACAAAAUUGGUAGUGAUCGUGCUCAUUUGCCGAAUGUUAGAAUUUGUGCUAUGAUGUUAGUUGGUUAUGCAGGAUUUUUACGCUACAGUGAGAUAGCAAAUUUAAAAAUGUGUAACAUAAAAUUUUUUGACACUUAUGUUUCUUUGAAUAUUGAAACCGGGAAAACUGAUGUAUAUAGAAGGGGUAAUAAUGUUAUAAUUUCUAAAACAAAUUUGCCUACCUGUCCAGUAGUUUGGUUAUUGACAUACAUUAAUUUAGCUAAAUUGGCUUUGGAUUCUAAUCAAUAUGUGUUUCGUUCUGUUAGAUUUUUUAAGUCAGUAAAUUCUUAUAAGUUAGCAGAGGUUGAUCGUCCUUUAUCUUAUACUAGAGCUAGGGAGUUACUUUUGGGCACAUUAACUGCGAUUGGUCUUGAUUGUAAACUUUUUUGUCUUCAUAGUUUGCGCAGUGGUGGUGCAACUGCUGCUGCAAGAAAUGACGUUUCUGAUCGUUUAAUUAAAGAGCAUGGAAGGUGGCGUACCGAUUUUGCUAAAGAUGGUUACAUCAAAGAUUCUGUUAAAAAGCAACUAACGGUUUCGUCAAAUCUUGGUAUAUAACAGGUUAUAGAUAUUUAACAAUUUUGGUGAUAUUAUUCAGCUCAAUUAUACUAUGAAUUUGCUAUUUUUUCCCUUUGUCUCGAGGUUAUAGCGAGUAGCACACCUACUUUAUGUCGUUUGUUCUUUGUUAAGGCCAUAGAAUAUUAAUUACUUUAUAUUCGGACGAACGUAGUGAGGGAGAAUAUAAAUAAAAUUUAGUUCGUCGUACGUAAGUAGUUCAUGAAUAUUCAUGACAUGUGACCAUUCGUCCGCACUUAAAACCCGUGCGGUCAUCUUUCUGACCAUCGACUCUCGCUAUAGCCUAAAGUAGACACGUGUAUUCACGGUUGAUUUAAUGUGAAUUUGUAAUUGGAAUUAUGAUAUUAUUGUUAUUAUGUUUGUAUGUGGUACAUACAUUGUUGUAUUAUAUAGAAUUAAAGGUUAUAGCGAGUAGCACACCUA